AUGGAUAAUAUCAAUGAUUCAAACAACACAAUUGAUGCGAUUGAAUUAGAUGAUGAUAUUACAGAAGAUGUGAAUGCUUUGAUUCAUGUUGAUCCUAUUUCUCCCAUUGAUGUUGAAUCAAUUCCAGUUGAUGGCACUUCGGGGGGUGCAGCAGAUGAGAGUUCACCAAUUGGAGUUCAAGCUAGUUCUUCUAAUGCUAUGGAUGAGAGUUCUUCAAUUCCAGUCACACUCAGAUUUGUUGUUUUCAGGUUGGUGACGGACUAUAAUUGUCAUAAAAAUGUUUGGUUAAACAAAUUGUAUGAUAUUAGGGAGAAGUGGUGCCCUGCUUUUAAUAAAGAUUACUUCUCUGGAGGUAUCUUAUCUUUCCAACGGAGUGAGACUACAAAUCAUUCAAUUUCAAGAAGGUUAUCUAAAACAUCUGGGUUGUCUGAUUUUUACAACUCUUUUGUUAAUGUGGUUUCUGAGUGGAGGAGCAAAGAGAAUGGGGAAGAUGUGAAUUGUUCUCAAGGGUUGCCUACAAUGGCAUUGGAUCAUGUAAAACUUGUUUUACAUGCUAGGAAUGUAUACACUAUUGAGGCUUACUACUUGUUUGAACAACAAUUUUUGAAAGGUGCUGCUUGUCAUCAAGAGAGUGUAGUGAGCAAUGUUGAUAAGUUUAAAUAUCACAUUUGGCGGCUGGAUAUUGACAUUAUUCGGCAUGAGGUUUGUUUCAAUAUUAAGGAUAUGAACAUAUGUUGUACUUGCAAGUUUUUCUCCGAGAUGGGUAUUCUUUGUUCACAUUGUUUGCGUAUUUUGAACAUUCAUUGUGUUGAAAAAAUUCCUGAGAAAUAUAUUUGUAGAAGGUGGACAAAAAAGGUUGUUGAACACAGGAUUAUGGACAUUGCAUCUUCUUCUAGUAUUUUGACAGUUCCUUCUCCAAUUUGGGUUAUAGAUAUGGGUAGAAAAGGGCAAAGGUUAGUUCUAUCAAGUCAAGACAAUUGCAAAGCUCGACAAGUAUGUGAAAACCUUAUUGAAGAUGGAAGAAGAAAGAUUGAAGGUGAGGGUGGUCCUAUUUGCUUUGAUGAUUUGGAAAGAUCUAUGCAAAGUGGUGGUAUACAAAAUCUAGAACGAAGUGGUGUGAAAGACGACCGUAAUCGAAGGCCAGUUAGUACAGUACAAAAAAAGUAUAAUCAAGCAAGUGGCCGAAAAAAUUAUGCAAAAAGAGUUGAAUCUAACACAAAGGCUGCCGUCCAAUCUUCUAUGUAG